GGAGAAGAAAGAAAGAGUAUUGUUAUUGAGACAAAUAUGAGGUCUUCUUUGAUCUUGGGAAUUGCCGUUCUGACGAUAGCGGCCACGUCUAUCGUCCAGGCACAUCCAUCCAAAACCAGAUCAGAACACACCUGCGGAAGUUUAGGUCCAGGUAUCAAUGCCUGCAAAUGCGGGGAAGUGGUAGUGAAAGCAGCAAAGGUGCAAAAACCACUGGUAUAUGCGUCGCCACAAGCAAUCAAUGAAGCUGCAAUAGCACGCGAAGCGGUUGGAAGAUUUUCCGCAGAAACGGGAUCCGGAAGCAUAGCAUCUAAUGUCAUUUCCAAUCCCUAUUCUAGCGGAAUUGUUAGCACUAGCAGCAGCAGUAGCAGCAGCAGUCAUAGCAGCUCUUCAGCUUCUUCCUCAUCUUCCGUCAGUGUUCUUGGAGGAAGCUCUUCCUUCAAUACUUUCUUGAAUGGUGCGAGCUCCAAUUCUGGUUGCGGAUGCGGAAAGAAAUCCGAACCUCUGACGAUGCGCGAACUCCUCUCCGAUACUAAUAAACAAAUCGUGCCCAGCUUCCCACCGAUCGGUGACUUGUGUUAUCCAAGCAAAGUUCAAAACGGCAAAGUCCAAGCAAUUACUACAACUAAAACUAAAGUGACACCGGCGUAUCCCAGCAAAAUUACAUGUUCCUCUCCCACUCCUGAGCAAGUACAAGUUUGCGUACAGACACUCAAUGGACAUGUCGAUGAAGCUGGAAUGAGAAAACUCGGCUUGACAUCCACAUAUAACGUAGCGUCCGAUGGAUUGUUUCGCAGAUUAAGCAGUAUAAAUGCAUUUGGUAGCGCAAAUAGUUUGGGUAAAUACAUUUCCAAUAAUGCAGGCAGUCUUGGAGGGUACAGUAGCUCAGGCAGUGUAGGAUAUAGUGGUGCUAAAGGCAGUGUUGGAGGAUACAGUUCAACUGGAGGAUACAAUACGUACGGAUCAGGAUAUGCAGGUACCAGCGUAGGCAGCCUAGGACAAUUUAACUCCAAAACCAGCAGUUAUGAAAAUGAAUUUGGAAGCGACGUUGAAGUUGCUGGAAGCUACAGAUCUAAUUGUGGUGACUUUGGUGAUGAAGCGGAUCUUCCUAAAGAUUAUUCGUAUCCUCGAUUACCUGCGGAUCCGGUUUCGCUCUCCUUGGCAUACAGAAAUAUCUUCUCGCCCAUAAAUGUGGCAUACAAUAAGAAAGUGAGAUUCGUGCCGGAAGAUAAACUGUCAUUUGGUCAUAGAACGAUACCAAACGAAACACCGUCGAAUAAGAAGAAAUUAGAGGUUCCUGAAGAAAAACUUCAGAUUCUCGAUAAACCCGUCGUAGAAUUAAAACCGAUACCAUCGGUUCCUAUCACCAUCACUUAUAAUGAACAGGAAGAAGCUAAGUUAGCCGAGCUCGAGGCCAUUGAACGUGAAAGAAUACAUCAGGAAGAAGUCGCUGAAGAACAGCCAGGACAUUUUAUUACAUACGGGGACCUAGGAUUUACGCCAAUCAAUGGAGCGCUACCGGGGAAGUUGUCGAGUCCUGUACCCUCAAUGGGUGCUAUCGACACGUUCAAUGCAGAAGAUGAUGACAGAGGUUGCGGUCCGGUAGGUCCACCAGCCUCUGACUAUGUUCCUGGCACUGUCGUGAUCAAUCAAGAAAUCGUGAAUGAAGACGAAAUCGAGGAUGGCAUCCAGACAGAUGAGGAUUACGAACACAACGAUGACGACGAAGAAGACUACGACGAGUACUCGUCUGGGAUAUUCGAUAGGCUCAGAAGUUCCGCGCAAAAAUACGGUCAUCCAUGUGGGGUUCUAUGAUCUCUUAUAUAAAAAAUACGAAAUGUGAGAAACAUUCGUUUCAAUGACGAUUCAUCCAUCGAGUUGAGUCUUAGUUGUUUUGAAAUGAAGACGUAGACAUCUUCUCAAAUAUUGUACUAGUCCUAGUCCUACGUCUUUGUGAUGUCUUAAUGUUACGAUAAUAUAGCGAUUAUAGAGAAAAGAGAA